AUGGGCCAGUCAUCUGAACGAGCCGAUCACCCGGACAAGAAGCGCCAGAGAGAAGUUCGCCGUGCCCAACGAAGUUAUGCUCGGCGCCGAGAAAACGAGAUUAAACAACAAAAACGCCUCAGCCGGCAGCAACAACACCAAAAACAUAGAAACGAAGAGCUUGGUAAGAGAAGCGACAGGUUCGUAAAUCUAUGCUGUUGCACUGCAUUUCCAAGAGAACGAGACCAGUUACCGGAGGCUAGGCCUAUAAGGAGAACAAGCAAUGGAUUCGAAAACCCCUGCGAAGGACCGGAGAAGCCUAACACAAAAAUUACAUUGUUGCAAUUGAGUGAGCAGGCACGCGAAGCCAAUGUUAAUGAAAAAAAAUUAAUUUACCAAAUUAUGACUGAAGACGAAGAAACAUGA